CCUUUUUUUGUCACCAAAGAGGCAGGUCCUAAGUGGCACAGCUGUGGAUAGGAGGAGUCCCGGAGGGGGCCGCUGUUUGGGGAGAGCCCAUGAGUUUCUUGGGUUUUUGCAGGGAUUGCUCUCUUCUCACCUGAAGGUAAAACUCGGGGCAAGUCGACAGGGUCCAAAGAAAGAUGAGUUCGAUCUUCACCGCAAGUCAAAGCAGCGACGCUGAGGCGGAGACCUGGAGGGUGGCUGGGGGGGCCAGGGUCGCCGCGCCGCCCCUGUGUGAUGGACUUUUGAUAGUUAAAGUGGAGGAAGACUCAGCCGGAGGUCGGGAGCCCGACCCACCAGGGGACUGUCACGAUUCCGAAGCUUGUCGACAACAUUUUAGGCAGUUCUGUUACCAGGAAGUGGCGGGACCCGAAGAGGCGCUUAGCCGGCUCAGGGAACUUUGUCGUCGGUGGCUGAGGCCUGAGAUGCACUCCAAGGAGCAGAUCCUGGAGCUCUUGGUGCUGGAGCAGUUCCUGACCAUCCUGCCCGCCGAGCUGCAGGCCUGGGUGCGGAAGCACUGCCCCGAGAGCGCGGAGGAGGCCGCAGCGGUAGUGCGGGCUUUUCAGAGAGCGCUCGGGGCCACCUCUCCCCAGGGUUUGGUGAAGGUCAAGGAUGUGGCUGUGUCUCUCACCUGGGAGGACUGGGAGCAUCUGGACGCAGUGCAGAGGGACUUCUACAGGGAGAGCACACCGAAGGAUUAUGGGAACACAGUCCCGCCACGUUUGGAAACCAGAACUGAGAACAAAGAGUUGAUUCCAAAGCAAGAAUUUCUAGACGUAGAGCCACAGAGGCAGCUACAAGAAGGGUCCCAGGGGAAGGCUCCCCCGUUUUCCAAGUGUGGCGAUACACAUGAGAGGGUCGAAAAGCAAUCAGGAAACCACUCAUCACUGAAACUUGAACAUUCUCCUGAAGAGCAAGGACUCACCAGCAUCUCAGAUCUCACAAAUGGUUACACAGAAGGGGGGGACUCCAAAAAUAAUGAAUUUGGGAAUAGUGCCAGUUCAAACUUUGUUCUUUGUCAGCAUGACCUGACAGUAGAGAGGUCCAUUAAUGUUGAAGAACGUGGCAGCAAGUGCAAACAGAGUUUGGGUCCAGUGAAACUUCCAGUAGUGAAACCUCACAGAUCUAUUGACAACGAGGAAAAUUUCCAUAGUCCAGGCCUCUUUGAGGCCCUAAGGCAGUUCCGUGAAGAAAGACCUUAUAAAUGUGAUAACUGUGAGAAGAGUUUCAAACAGCGUUCUGAUCUCUUUAAACACCAGAGAAUCCACACUGGGGAGAAACCCUAUGAAUGCCAAGAAUGUGGGAAGAGCUUCCGUCAGAGUGCUGCCCUGAUUAAACAUCAGAGGACACAUACAGGGGAGAAGCCAUACAUAUGUUCCAAAUGUGGGGACAGCUUCAGACAGAGCUCACAUCUCAAUCGGCAUAAAAGAAUCCACAUAGGUGAGAAGCACUACAAAUGUAAUGAAUGUGGGGAAAUCUGCCGAAUUUCUAACCGUUUUAGACAUCAGAGAAUCCAUAAAGGGGAGAGACCCUAUACCUGUGAAGAAUGUGAGAAGAGCUUCAAACGGUGCUCUGACCUCUCUAAACAUCAGAGAAUCCACACUGGGGAGAAGCCUUAUAGAUGUUCUGAAUGUGGGAAAUGCUUCAGUCAGAGUGCAACCCUCAUUACGCACCAGAGAACUCACACUGGAGAAAAACCUUAUAAAUGUCUUGAAUGUGGGGAAAGCUUUAGACAGAGUCCACACCUUAUCCGACACCAAAGGAUCCAUAGAAAUAAAGUCCCAUCAUUUUGACAUGCUUCUGCAUGAGCUGUUUUGUAUUUCUUCUUCUUUUUUUUUUUUUUAUUGCCCAGAAACUACAUUCUUUGGCUUGUGAAGUAUUUCAGUCUAUUGUGGAUCGUAUUUCCUUGGGCAUCAUACCCAAGAUAGAUUUGGUCUGACUCAAGUCUCCAGACACACGUUGAUAGAGUAUUGCUAUGAAGGAGAAAUGCACAAGUCGGGAGCCCCUCCAGCAGAUGGUUCCAUGGAGGAGACCUAAGGGCUGACAAGAGUAAGGGCUGACAUGCGACAUUCUGUCCUUGUCUCUUCACUCUUCCUACCUCUGCUCAGGGACCAAAUCUUUGAUUCCUUUCCUAUUUGAUUCCUUUCCACUCCAAUUCCUUUCCUAAGAAUUAAUUUUAGUCACUUAGAAUUGUCUUUCCCCUUAGGUGGUAGAGAGGAUUUCAAAUACUUUAUCAUCCAAAACACCUCGUACAGUUCAGUGCAUACAAGAGCCACUUUGUAUUUUUGACUUGAAAAAAAAUUAACUUUGUAGAGUCUCUCUUUCCCAUUCUUUCCCUGUUGGGUUAAACAACUAAAAACUUGGAUUAGAUCUUAAGUCUAUCUUACUCUCUUUCUAGUUCUGCACACUCGUAAUAUGUAUUGCAUCCAAAUUCUUUUUGAACCUUUUUUUUAAGUUAAGGGGAUAUAAGCACAUUCUUGGAUAUUUGGGAAAACACUAUAGGAAAAAAUUACCUAUACUCCCACACCUGAUCUGUUACUGGCAUUUACAAUGGACCCUUGAGCAACGCGGGGGUUAGGGGCACCUAUACAUUCUGUGCAGUCCAAAAUCUGUGUAUAACUUUUUGACACCCCAAAAAUUUCAGUCAUUCCUAGGUAUCCAUGGGUAUUGGUUGUAGGAACCCUGUGGGUAUGAAAAUCCACAUAUGCUCAAGUCCCUUGUAUAAAAUGCUGUAGAAAAAUGCAUAUAAUCAGCCCUCCACAUUUGUGGAUUCCCAACCAUGGAUUGAAAAUACUGUCUUUCAUCUGUGUUUGGUUGAAUCCAUGGAUGUGAAACUCGUAGAUACAGAGGGCCGACUGUAUUGAAAAAAGUCUGCAUAUAAGCAGAUCUUCACAGUUUAAACCCGUGUUGUUUAAGGGUCAGCUGUAUUUCCUUCUGAUUUUUUCUGUGCAUAUUUUUAUAUAAUAAAAAUAGUUUUUAUAUUUCGUAUCUUUAAUGUGUAUUAAGGAUUUUACAUGGUUUUCAUAAAUUUUAUGUUUAAUGGCUACACCAUAGUCCAUCAAGUAGAUGUAACAAUUGACCCAUUUUCCUUUUAUUGGACAUUUCAAGCAUUUGCCGUCUUGUAUUAUUGCAAGCAUUGCUAUAGUGAAUACCAUUAUAAUUUGGAUUGUUCUUUAGAAUCUCAGGCUAGGUUCCCAUGUAGAAUUCCUUGAUCAGUGUGUGAGCUACUUUUGGCUUUUAAUACACCUUCCCAAUUUCCUUCCCUGGAAGCAAAUGCCAAAUUACAUCCUAUUAUGAGACUUCUACUCUAGCUUUAUCACCUUACUUCACAUUAACUUUUUUACCUAAAUGUACAAAAACCGAAACGAAAUUAACUGCCUUUCAGAACUCACGUUCUUGACCUUGGAUGUGGUAGAAUAGCAGUGCAUGCUAUCUCCUUUGACCCUCCUUAAAACCAGCAGAAGUUACCGUGGAAGGGCUGGCUUAGAUGCAUUCAGGCUUCAGGGGGUCAUGUGGAGUAUUUAACUUUUAUUUAAAUGAGAUUUAGUAUUAAGAGAAUUGGGCUGAGGGUGAGGCGAUGGUAAAAGUUGAAGCAGGCCAUGAGCUUGUUUUCCCCAAGCUUAUCAAGGUUAUUUGCCCCAGGUCAGAUAGCUAGUAGAUAGUCAUACAUACAUAUAUAUAACCUGGUACAGGUGCUGAUCCUUGUGUUCUUUUUACUAGAGGCAUUUUGCAAACUUAGAAUGGACCGUCUUCUCUCCAUUUUUAGUUUUCCUCUAUUCUUCUCCUCUUCUCCUUUCUAUAGACAUUUACUGUUACCUACGUACUACUUGAAUUUCCCACAUAUAUGCCUU